AUGUCAGUACGUCAUAACGACUUCCUCCUGGCAAAUCUUAACCACUCUGCCCGCGCGCAGGAUCUCCUGAUGCAGCACAUGGCAGAGUGGCAGAUUAAAGUGGUGACAGCCACUGAGCCCUACUUUAUCCCCCCCCAACCAAACUGGGCUGGGGAUACUGAGGGCUCGGUGGCCAUUGUGGUGCCGGGACACGGGGUUCCACUGGUUCCAAUACGCAACGGACCAGGGUUCGUUGCAGUCGGAUGGGGGGAGGUGAUACUUAUUGGAGUAUACUUCUCCCCAAAUAGACCUCUGUCCGACUUUGAGUCAUAUCUCAGAAUGUUGGAGCCAGUGGUGAGAGGUGCGGCCCCAGCCCAGGUUAUCUUGAUGGGAGAUCUCAACGCAAAGUCCGCCGCGUGGGGAUCGCCCAUCACAGACCUGAGGGGGGUUGAGCUACAGAGCUGGGCUGCCAUGGUUGGCCUGGUCCUACUCAACCGAGGACGCGUCAACACCUGUGUGCGACAGCAGGGGGGGUCAAUAGCGCCUUCCCGCCCGGAGGGCAGUAUACUGGUGGUCACCGGAAAUUGCGGCUCUCCGGGCCGCCAGCAAUCGGGCGCGCCGGGCCUACACCCGCUGCCGCCGCAGGAGACCGCUGUCUGGGCCAGAAGUAACUCGCCUCUAUAG